AUGGAGAGCUUGAGGAUCAAUAUUGCUUGCUUGAGUCUUGUGUUUUUGUGGAUUCUCUGCAUCCCCACAAGAGCACAAAGGUAUGACCCAGCACCUGUGAGGAGAAGGUAUGAAAAGUGGAUCCAACAACAUUGCAGAAAGUACAAAGAUAGAGACGAAUAUCAAUGGCGUUUUGGGAUUUACCAAUCCAAUGUUGAGUACAUUGACUAUGUGAAUUCUCAGAAUCUUUCUUAUACGCUCGUUGACAACGAAUUCGCCGACAUGACCAAUGAGGAGUUCAAAACAAUCUACUUGGGUUAUGAGAACACCGGGCUUUCAUGUGAUGAGGAGCAAAGCUUCAGAGAUGAUGAUCAGAAGCCGUUGCCGACGAGCGUGGACUGGAGAAAGAAGGGUGCUGUGAAUCCAGUUAAAGACCAAGGCCAAUGUGGAAGUUGUUGGGCAUUCUCAGCAGUGGCAGCUGUGGAAGGCAUCAACCAGAUCAAAACAGGGCGUUUGGUGUCACUAUCAGAGCAAGUGCUCGUGGACUGCGACGUGAGGAGUGGGAACCAAGGCUGCAAUGGUGGAUACAUGGACAAAGCCUUCGCUUUCAUCAGAAGGAAUGGAGGCAUCACCACGGAAGAAAACUACCCUUACGUAGGAAGAGAUGGAAAAUGCAACGAAGCAAAAGAAGCACAACAUGCUGUGACCAUAAGUGGCUAUGUGAAGCUCCCUCCUAACAACGAAACAAGCCUACAAGCUGCAGCAGCCAAGCAACCUGUAUCGGUUGCAAUUGAUGCCAGUGGCUACGCGUUUCAGCUCUACUCUGGAGGGGUCUUCUCGGGUUUCUGCAAGACAAGUCUAAAUCAUGGAGUGACAGUUGUUGGUUAUGGAGUUGAUAGUGGGAGAAAGUACUGGCUUGUGAGGAAUUCAUGGGGUACUGGUUGGGGUGAAAGGGGUUAUAUCAGGAUGGAGCGCGGUUCUGCUGGUAAGAAAGGCAUCUGUGGCAUUGCCGCGGAGGCUAGCUACCCUGUUAAGUCUUGA